AAAGUGAGCACGUUGUCCAUGUGCAUGCUCUUACUAAAAUUUUCAAGUAAAAAUAAAAGUCAAAGGUUGACUCACUGUGGAGACCUUUUUGUUAAUUGGCCCUAAUCAGUUUUUUCCUAAUAAAGUUCCAAUUUUUAUGUUCUUUUAGUCAGUUAACACUUCUAAAAAAAAUGAUAUUUACUCUUGGAGAUUGUUCAGGCUCUUAGAUCAGAUCCAAUCUAUGUCAUCAACAACAACAAUGGACCUUUCUUUGUUCACUCCCACAACCCAAAUUCCAAACCAUCAACUACCCAUUUUUUCUAAACCAAUUUUGAGUCCCAAAAUCACCUUUUCAGUUCCCAGAAAGAUAAAGCUGUUAACAGUUACAACAACAGCAAUGAAAAAGCCACUCAUCGAAGGUGUAAGCCAUGAGCUUAAUUCAAUUGCUUCUCAAAAUCUUGACCAAGCCCCUGCUCGUAGAAGGGUUCGAUUAGCUUUCACUCAAGUUCAACAACAGCUUGAUCAUUGCUUAUUCAAGUUGGCUCCUUCUGGGAUUAGAACAGAAGAGUGGUAUGAGAGAAAUUCAAAGGGACUGGAAAUCUUUUGUAAGAAAUGGAUACCAGAAGAAAGUGUUGCAGUAAAAGGUGCUUUGUUCUUUUGCCAUGGCUAUGGUGAUACUUGCACUUUCUUCUUUGAAGGUAUUGCCAGGCACAUUGCUGCUGCUGGAUAUGCUGUAUAUGCUAUGGACCAUCCAGGCUUUGGUCUCUCUGAAGGGUUACACGGCUACAUUCAUAGCUUCGACGAAUUAGCCGAUAAUGUCACCGAUAUCUACAGAAAGAUUAAACAAAGACCUGAAUUGAAAGGUUUACCCCAUUUUAUAUUGGGACAAUCCAUGGGGGGAGCUGUUACUCUUAAAGUUCAUCUCAAGGUACCAAAUGAAUGGGAUGGAGUAAUUCUUGUGGCCCCUAUGUGUAAAAUUGCAGAAGACAUGAAACCUCCACUACCUAUUUUGAAGAUUCUAACACUUAUGUCAAGAGUUAUGCCAAAAGCAAAGCUUAUUCCAGCAAAGGAUUUAGCUGAGCUUGCCUUUCGGGAUGAGAGGAAAAGGGAAAUGGCCGUCUACAAUGUGAUAUGUUACAGCGACCGAACAAGACUAAGAACAGCAGUGGAAUUACUUGACGCUACUAGUGAAAUCGAAAGACGUCUUGAAGAGGUGUCAUCUCCAUUGCUAAUUCUUCAUGGAGCUAAAGAUAGAGUUACAGAUCCUCAAGUGAGCCAAUUUUUGUAUGAGAAAGCCUCUAGCAAAGACAAAACUCUUAAACUAUAUGAAGAAGGCUAUCAUUGCAUACUUGAAGGAGAACCUGAUGAGAGAAUUCUUACUGUCCUUAAAGAUAUUACCACUUGGCUGGAUUUUAGGAGUUCCUCUAAACAAAACUAAAUUAUUAAACUUCUUUGGCUAUUCAUUCAUGUUUAGCUAUUCUUUCUCUUUCUCUUUUCUCUUUAAGUUGUUAUUCAAGUUUGAAAAAAACCAAGUUGUAAUAUGGAUUCCAAGAAGUUGUAAUGGUGUAGCCCACAACAUGGUGAGGUGGGCUAAUUUUGGUGACCAAUCAACAUGGUGUUAUAGCUCUGGAUAGCAUUGAUAGGAAUCUGAAGUUUUUUUUUAAGUUUUUAGUUUUUGUUUCUGUACUGGUGAACGUUGCUUAUUAAUAGGCGGAGGGGUCUUUUCAUUCAAUAAAACUCAAUUGUAUAUGUUUAGGAAGUCUACAUUAAGGCUAACCUAAUUUAUGGAUCUUGUGAUUGGGUGAUAUAGUUCGGAAAUUAGUAGACAAUAAAAUUUUAAUAUAUGUAUUGUUUUUGUUA